AUGGCGGCGGGCGAAGGCAUGGAAACUACAGACCGUUGUUCUAAGCCACUGGCCUGCACUCACUGCAACGCGAGGUUCUCUCGGCCCAGCCAUCUGAACCGCCAUCGUCUUACGCAUCUACCAUCGUCCCGAAAGUCAUUGAUCAAAUGCCCACACUGUGACAGAACAUUCUCCCGGAACGAUGUCCUCCUCCGCCACCUGCGCGGCGCUCACCAUGUCGACCUCGUCGUCAAACGGUCCGUCCAGAGAUCAUGCCACCGCUGUGUGUCAAAGAAGCUCAAGUGCGAUCGCUUGCAGCCUUGCCAGUCAUGUACAGGAGCACAGGCGAUCUGCGAGUUUCCUGGUGCAUCUCACUCCCGUUCGUCUGAUCUCGAGUCCGAGGCACUGUAUGCUCUCGAUAGCAACGAGCAUGCUGAAGCGACGGGCGUCGCCGGCUUUUCACCAUUUGACCCGUCUUUCGAGUCCACCGACAUCCCACAAACACCACAGAUCCUCCAAACUCCUGACUCAACUUUGGGCAAUAGCCUCUUUCCUGCGACCUACCUUGGUACCCAGCGCCAUGCUGAUGACCUCGAUAAUGACCCAGCCGUCAGCUCGGUGGAAGGAUUCGGACAGGCAGACGAUGCGAUCUUCGGCGUCAACGCCCUGGAACCUGGUGGCGCUGGCAUCUCGCCUUCCCAUCUUGCGUUGAUGCAGCCUGAUUUUCGCAUGAUCGGAUUCGACUGGCUGGACUUUGACAUGCCAGAGUCAAACCCAGGGAUACUCAUUGGAAGCCUGAGAGGGAUGGGACUUCUUAGCAGUCGAUGGAGUGUUGGCGAAGAUGUCGGUCACGAAGCCUCUCUGGCGACCGACCCCAAGCAUGCCGACCAAGAGUGGUCCGCCUGGUCUUUGCACGCUCACAAGCCGCCGGGGUGCCCUGGUCACGCCUUUCCCAGCCACCUCGGCACCUGGGCCAAGAGACUCUGCGGCCAGGUCAUUGGACGUCUGCUUUGGGACUUGAAGCAACUCGAGAUUGUGGCGAUGCCCGAGCAUUUUGGACUGACAUCCUUGCUGAGUGCACACCAACAGUCAAAGCAAUCACUUCUUGGUGCACUACAGAAGUUAUUGGAGUCCAUGGACACCGUCUCAACGACCUCGGAACUCAUUAGCUACAAUAUCACGGGGCUUCUCUGCCACUACUCGCACCUCUACGCUGCAAACGACGUCAUGGAUGUCAUACUUUACAUUGUCCGCAGUCUUAUAUCCCAGCGUGCCAAGCAUCACAAAGGCAUCGAGGUUGCGCGGAAGCGACUGAGAUCCUCGUUUGCUCAAGACAGAAGAUCGAGUCGGAGGCUUGUUCACCAUGCUGCGCAAAUCAUAGCAAUUGCCAACGAGUAUCUCGUAUCGGCGCCGUGCGAGAUCAUGCGCACUUUCAUGGGCUAUGUUUUCAUCCUCGCCUAUUCAUCCUAUGGACCCCGUGCCGAGUUGAUGUCUGGAGACAAAGCACCAAUCCGCCUUGAUGUGCCGCUUCACCAGCCAGCCCAGCAACAAAUCACGCUACAAUGGAUUGAAGAUGGUGGCCCAGCCGGCCUGGGUUCCGUCGUCAACAUCCUGGCCGAUGACUGUGUGCCAGCCAUCAGUCGGGACGCACAGAUGAUGAUGCAGAGGCUCAAGUGCUGGGGAUUAGCAGACAAGUUCACCAAGAUUUUGCACAUUUUCGAGGUAAAUGGUUUUUGA